CUCCCGGAUCACAUAGUGCAGCAGUCUGCAAAGAAAAGUGACCACAGGCGGAGCCGUGUCUGUCUGUGUGUGUGUGCGCGCGUAUAUGUGUAUGUGUGUUUGUGUGUGUGUGCAGCCCCUCUGCGCCUGAACGGAAUCAUUAACCUCAGUUCCACCACAGCAGGGGAAGGUGGAGGAAAAAAAAACAUCUCGCGUUUUUCAGGAAUCAUUGUGCGCGCUGCGUAAUUGUGGACGCGUAAAAUUGAGGAUCUAUGAGGGCGCAGGCAGGUUUCUCACUUUCAGCACCAGACCGAGGGAACAGGGAGUGAUUCACCCCCACCACGCCCCCCUCCAGCCGCCAGCCUGCAGACCCCAUGCCGGGCAUUAGCUCCGCCGCGCCUCGUUAUGAAAGCUGGGACAUGGACCACCUCGACCACUACCAGCACUAUUUCUACGACGACCACGACCCGAAAGAGGAUUUCUUCAAGUCCACGGCGCCCAGCGAGGACAUAUGGAAGAAAUUCGAGCUGGUGCCGACCCCGCCCAUGUCCCCGGUGCGGGCGGUCGAAGGGUCGGGCCGGGUCGGGCUGCUGUGCCCGUCACUCGGGGACAAGCUGGAGUGGGUCUCGCAGUUCCUGGGGCAGGAGGACGAGCAGCAGCAGCAGCAGCAGCAGCAGGAGCUGCCCUUCAAGCUGACCGCGACCAACGACUCCUUCGGGAACCUGAGCUCCAUCAUCAUCCAGGACUGCAUGUGGAGCGGCUUCUCGGCCGGCCAGCAGCUGGAGAGAGUUGUGGCGGAGCGCUGCGCCUCCUGUCCCGGGACGGCGGCGGCUGUGGCGGCCACCGCGAAAGUCGCAGCCGCGUCUGCAGUCACGUCCCCGGGGAGGGCGCAGUGUGGCCCCGUCGACACGCCAGCCCUCAGCGGCUUGGCGGCGGACUGUGUGGAUCCCGCUGCGGUGCUCACUUUCCCGUUAACCGGGGGAUGCAAGAAACAAGUGUCCUCGGGUUCCGAGUCUCACACCGACUCAUCAGAUGAUGAAGACGACAAGGAUGAGGAUGAAGAGGAGAUUGACGUGGUGACAGUGGAGCACAAGCAGCAGCAGCAAAAACCACGUCGGCUAGUCAAUACCCGUAAACCCGUGACCAUAACGGUGCGGGCUGACCCCCUUGACCCCGGCAUGAAGCGUUUCCACAUCUCCAUCCACCAACAGCAGCACAACUACGCUGCCCCAUCCCCGGACACUCUCCCCACGCCAGCUGAACCUCCUCGCAAGAGGGUACGGCAGGAGGCCUCCACACAGGCAACCCAGCCCCACCAGAACUCUCACUACCACCAGCCCCGGCUCGGCCACACCCCUCUGAACUUAGACGGCAGAAAGUCUCAUGGAACCGCGGCAGGGGUGAGGUCCGAGUCGCCAAACCUCAGCGCCUGCUCUCCUACCUCCUCCAUGUCGCCUUCAUCCCCUCCCUCCUCCUCCUCCUCUUCCUCCUCCCAUCCCCAAUGCUCCCCAUCGAAGCCCCACUUCUUCUCCCACCUCUCCAGCCCCCAGUCCUCCGACUGUGAGGACACAGACAAGCGCAAGGCGCACAACUUCCUCGAGCGCAAGCGACGGAACGACCUGCGCUCGCGUUUCCUGUCACUGCGGGACGAGAUCCCGGGCUUGGCGGACUGCCCCAAGACGCCUAAGGUGGCGAUCUUGACGCGAGCCACGGAGUACCUGCAGCAGCUGCACACCAGCGAGAGGCAGAAGACUCAGGAGAGGAAGCAGCUGAAAGCCAGGCAACUGCAGCUGCUGCAGAGGCUGGCGCAGCUCAAACGCUCCUGAGUGCCAGGCCGUCACCACACACCUACACUCACAGAACUCAAUGGGACUACAUGAAGGAGAAAAGACACUAAUGUUCACUUUCAGUUUGUCACUUUUGGAAUAGUGCGGGUGGAUGUUUGUUUUUGUUAUGUUUUUUCUUCUGUUUUCUAUUUUUGUGGUUUGCACAUUAGCUACUGAGUGAUUGACAAGGCCACAAGCCGGUCUGAACAGCAAGCUAGGGAUUGAACUAAUGAGGAAUCUUAUGGGCAAAUUAAUAAUUUCAGUAUAGAUUUGUCAAACUGGUAUGUUUCCCCUUAAUAAAAAUGUUCUGUUGCUUGCUACUGAAAGGUCUGCUGUGACAGCUUCUAGUUGAUAAACUACUACAUCUGUGCUGUUUAGCUGCUGCAUGGUCUGGUCUGACGUCUCCUCUUUCUCUCAAUCUGAAGAGCCCCCUAGAUUUGAUUUCUCCUUCAAACUUCUGCUUUGUUAUGAUAUUUUCCAUUUACCACCAAUUCCCCCUCAUUCUCUGUAGCAUCUAAUCUCUUCCCUGCUGUCCUUCUUCGUUCCUCUGUCUCCCCCGGCCUCAGCAGCUACUUUCUAUCUUUAUACCUGCUGAUAAUGGAGAUGUAGGGGGCUGUAGUUUGACUGUACUGAGCCAUGCAACAGUAACAUUACAACUGGAUGGACGCGGUGUGCUCAGCACCUCCUGAAAUAGCUCAGGUUAAGUCCUGACGUCUGUGCCUGCAGGUUUCCACUGACUCCACUUGUUGAUUUUUCUUGUUUCAUCAGAAAUGUUUUGCCAGCAGCACUUUUGCCCACAGUAACCGCCUGUUCUUGAGCAGUAUUUGGAGAAAAUGAAAACAACUUGUUGCCAUGCAGGCAUUGUUUUGAGAUUCAUCAUAUUUUACAAACAACAAUCUGCAAAAAAAUGUGUGAAAAUGUUGAUUUCACACUCUUAAUAUUGUGUGAUGGAGACCAGCCAAAGGGUGAAUGUCUACUUCAGUUAAUUAACCAAAAGAAACUCUUAGAGAGCAUCUUCAAUUAAAUCUGUACGUCAGAGAUGCCAACUUCUGCUUGGAGAGGAAACCCACUGAGUUCCAACAGUAUAUUUCUUUUUUUUUGUUUUCUGCAUUGAUGUAAUGCCUUUAGAAGCCUAAGCUGUUGGAUGUUAUGUAUAUAGUACCCUUACUGUACAGUCCCUUCCAAACCAAAACCAGAGCUGUCUACUAUUCAUCCUAGUUUUCGUUCGGCCUUGUGUAACUGACACCGGGGCCAGGCUUGCUGGCUUUUCAAAGAUAACUCAAAGCUUCUAUUUUUGUUUAAAAAAAAAUGAUUGAGAAAGGAAAAAAAAAAGAGUCAAAAUAAAAACACUCACUGAACAUUGAUCACACUAGCCACUUUGUCACACAAUUUUGUUUUUAAAAUGCAUACUUGUUUUCAUUCCUUUUUUCUUUCUUUCUGGGUUUCUUUAUUUGUACAAGUCGAGAGUUGACAAAAAGUUUUAUACUAUAUUUUCCUACCGAGGUGUGUUUCAGUGUGAGCUAAUUAUUUUUGUUAUGUAGCUGGCAGGGGCUCUACUGGUGGAUUAUGUGCUGAAAAUUGGCGAAUAAGGUCUUCUUUCUCUGACGCUCCGUCUGGAUUGGAGAGCACCUAAAAGCUCCUGGACUCACUGGAGCCGUAGUGCUCUCCUAAAUCUGGUGUGGCGAGAGGUAGUGGGCUGCUUAAGAGGAUCUACCGAUUAAACUUCUGUCUCUGUGUAGCCUUUAGUGACCUUAAUGUUACUGCUUUCUCUGCUCUUUUCUGAAAGCCCGGUGCUCCCUAUUGUCCCAUAAGCCAUGCGACGGAACACUGUAGCCCUGGAUCUAUACUCUAAAUGACUCUGUCACAGCGAGUAGCAUCGUACUCCCCUCUUAUCAGUACUCAGGAAACCCUGUCAUCUGUAGCUCUUGCGAAAGGCCCAUAGAAUGUGCUUGAGGAGAACUCCCCCCCCAGAAAUGUGUGUGUGUAUAUAACAUAACCUCAGAAACCACCCUUAGAGAUGAGAAUUAGAAGAUUUGAUCAGAGGAUUCAUGUACUUGGUUCAGGAUAUCAUCAUUAAUAUUUCCCUUUUUCCUCUUCCUCCAAAAAAAUCGCUACUUAAUUCAGCACAAACCACCAGUAGCCCCUGAUUUAUAGAUUUUUUUUCUCCAAUAGGGUGCACCCUUCAACAGUGGUUUGCCCUGUAUUUUUUUUUAAUCUUAUUUGUUUGGUAGCAGUGGACAUUGCUUGCUAUACUUUGGGUUUUCAAUUAUGGUGAUUUUUGGAGCCUUGUCUCAGCACUUUGUUUUUUUCUGUACCUCAUAAGCCUCUAUAUAUAUGAAGAGUAAGUCAGAAAAUUAAUAAAUUUCAUGGUUUGACAUCAUAAAUUAA